AAAUACAGUUCAUCCAAAGCUGUCACUCAUUUUAGCAUAAAUGCUUUCUUGCAUAUGAAAAAUGAAUUUCAUUUCUCCAAAAAAAUGAAAACUUUACCUUAUUGAUAUACUUAUAAACCCAAAAUUUUCAAAAACAAUAGCAAAAAAAAAAUAAAAAAAAUCUCCAUUGUUGAUGGUUGUUAGAUCUCGAAAACAUCCAUUAAUGGCGACCCACAAGCUCCUUCUUCUUGUUAACUUCUUGUUCACCUUCAUUUCGUUGACAUUUUCCGAUGACGCCGCCGUCAUGUCAAAGUUCCUAGCAGCUCUGUCUAAACCACCAUCUGGUUGGGAUACUUCUAAGUCUUUCUGUGAAUGGAAUAAAGUGACUUGUGACAAAUCGACUAAUACUGUUGAUUCAAUCAAUCUUGAUUCUCAAGGUCUUUCUGGGGUUUUGCCUUCUGAACUUAACCAACUUUCAAAUCUCAAAACCCUUUCAGUUCAGAAGAAUUCACUUUCUGGGACUCUCCCUUCUUUCGCAAACAUGUCGAAUUUAGCUGAGCUUUACCUGGAUAACAAUGGGUUCACAUCUGUUCCUCAAGAUUUCCUUUUGGGUCUUACUAGUUUGCAUACUUUUAGCAUUAGUGAGAAUGGGAAGCUAAGUCCUUGGCAAAUUCCUAGUUAUUUGAUUGAUAGUAACAAUUUGGCUAAUGUUUAUGCUAGUAAUGCUAGUUUAUUUGGUGUUAUUCCUGAUUUUUUUGAUCGUUUCCCUAAUCUCCAAGAUUUGAGAUUGUCUUACAAUAAUUUUACUGGUUCUUUGCCUGCUACUUUUGGGGGUUCUGAGAUUAGGAAUUUAUGGUUAAAUAAUCAGGUUAAAGGGUUAACAGGGACCAUUGAUGUGAUUUCAAGUAUGGGUCAAUUGUCACAAGUGUGGUUACAUGCUAAUUCUUUCACUGGUCCAAUUCCUGAUUUGUCGAAAUGCGAAAAUAUAUUUGAUUUGCAGCUAAGGGAUAAUGAUUUUACUGGUGUUAUUCCAGAUUCAGCGAUGAACCUUCCUAAGUUGUUGAAUAUUUCUUUGCAAAACAAUAAGUUGCAGGGACCAAUGCCACGGUUUAAGAAGGAGGUUCAUGUGGAAAUUGGGAGUACUAAUAGUUUUUGUAAGGAUACUCCUGGACCUUGUGAUUCACAGGUUAUGACGCUUUUAGCUGUGGCGAGUGGUUUUGGAUAUCCGGAGUCAUUGGCUGAUUCUUGGAAAGGAAAUGAUGCUUGUAAUGGAUGGUCACAUGUGAGUUGUGAUGUAUCGAAAAAGAAUGUGGAUGUUGUAACGCUUGGUAAGCAACAUUUAUCGGGUUUUAUAUCUCCUGCUUUUACUAAUUUGACUAGUUUGAGGAAUUUGUUAUUGAAUGAUAACAAUCUUACUGGAUCUAUACCGGAAAGUUUGGCAACGUUGCUUAUGCUUCAAACACUCGAUGUUUCUAAUAAUAAUUUAUCUGGUCCUGUACCUUUGUUUCGAGCAAAUGUGAAGUUUAUUCGUGAUGGUAACUUGUUACUUGGAAAGAAUAUUAGUGAUGGAGGGGGUAGUGGUGGAUCACCGGGGUCUGGGUCGAGCUCCAGUAGUGAUGGUGGAAAUUCAUCUGGUGGUUCGAAGGGAUCCUCAGUUUCAGGUGGAGUGAUUGCUGGUGUGGUUAUAUCUGUCGCUAUAUUUAUCCUAGUUGUGUUGUAUGUGUCUUACAAAUGUUACAUGAAGAGACAGCAUAAGAGAUUUGGGAGGGUUGAGAAUCCUGAAAGAAGCAAUGAUAUGGUUAAGCCUGGUGUAGUGAUUGGAAAUGGAUAUGCAGGAGUCCCUAGUGAAUUACAGAGUCAGAGCAGUGGUGAUCAUAGUGAGAUGCCGAUAUUUGAAGGUGGAAAUGUUGCCAUUUCCAUUCAGGUGCUUCGACAAGUGACAAACAACUUUAGUGAGGAAAAUAUCUUGGGCAGAGGAGGUUUUGGAGUCGUUUAUAAAGGUGAAUUACAUGAUGGGACUAAGAUUGCUGUGAAGAGGAUGGAAUCUGGGGCGAUGGGUACUAAAGGAAUGAAUGAGUUCCAAGCUGAAAUCGCGGUCCUUACAAAAGUUAGGCAUAGACAUCUGGUCGCGCUUCUUGGUUCUUGUGUUAACGGCAACGAGAGACUUUUGGUGUAUGAGUACAUGCCACAGGGAACUUUAAGUCAGCAUUUGUUUGAAUGGCAAGAACACGGCUACCCAAUUUUGACCUGGAAGCAAAGGGUAACAAUAGCAUUAGAUGUUGCAAGAGGAGUUGAGUAUCUCCACAGCUUGGCACAGACAAGUUUUAUCCAUAGGGAUUUGAAGCCCUCUAACAUACUUCUUGGGGAUGACAUGAGAGCCAAGGUUGCAGAUUUUGGAUUGGUCAAGAAUGCUCCCGAUGGGAAAUAUUCUGUUGAGACACGGUUGGCUGGAACUUUUGGCUAUCUGGCGCCUGAAUACGCUGCUACUGGACGAGUCACGACCAAGGUAGAUGUGUAUGCAUUUGGAGUUGUUCUAAUGGAGAUCAUCACUGGUAGAAAAGCAUUAGAUGAGACCUUGCCAGAUGAGAGAUCCCAUUUAGUCACCUGGCUUCGCAGGGUCCUUGUCAACAAAGACAACCUCCGAAAGGCUAUUGACCCGACACUUGAUCCCGAUGAGGAAACAUACGAGAGCAUUUGUAAGGUCGCCGAGUUAGCAGGCCAUUGCACUGCACGAGAACCGUUCCAGCGCCCAGACAUGGGACACGCCGUCAAUGUCCUUGCCCCCCUCGUAGAGCUGUGGAAGCCUACAAGAAAUGAAGACGAAGACAGUGGCAUCGACCUCCAAAUGAGCCUUCCUCAAAUCCUUCAAAGAUGGCAAGCUGAUGAAGGAACGUCAAGAAUGUUUGAUGACAUCUCCUUCAGUCAAACACAGUCAAGUAUACCCUCGAAACCUUCCGGAUUUGCAGAUAGUUUUAAUUCAACAGAUUGCAGAUGACAGAAAGGCAGGGGUCAGACUGUGUACAUACUACCCUCCCUAGACUCCAUUUGUGGGACUACACGGGGUAUGUUGUUGCAGAUGACAGAUUGGCAAAAAUCAAAAUCCUUCUCUGAAGGAAAAAGACAAUGGUGCAUAUUUUGGAUCAAGAAAGGCCCACAAUUCAUUUGGUUAAUUGGUUUCUUCUUAAUAACGCGUUUUACUUUGUCUUCACAUUACUUUCUUGGUGAUAGACUUAAGUUCAUAUAGUUUUAUUUGCACUUUUGUUAUGUGGUUUUGUUAGAAGAGAAAUUGUAUUAAAUUCUUUUAUUUUACAUAGUUGAUGUAAAUAGAUUUGA